UUAUCUUCCAAAGUAUGAGGCCCAGUUUGAAGUCCACUUCGAACACAAUGUUGAUGUUCAGGAACUUAUUUCUGGAUGACUACACUGCUUAGCUACUUGUUCAAACUGGGUUUUCCGCUUUUAUGUAUGCAGUGUGUAGUGCAAUACUACCUCGUGCUACAUUUCUUUUGCACUGACACUGCAUGCAUAGUGGCUGAAACUGAAGACAGUUUGAAUGAGAUUGUGGCUACAUGCAGGAAAGUAUUUCAUUGUCCAAACAAUGGAUGACAGUGAAGAUGACUGGCAGUCACUUAAGCCCCAAGAACCACUUUCAUCUCAGUGCUGCGGCAGCGGCUGUAAACCCUGCAUCUAUGAUGUAUACCAGAAGGAGCUGGAGCAAUGGGAAGAGGCCAAGGCAAAAAAAGACAGAAGCCUCCUGACCAAAAAGAAACCACAAUGCAAGAAUUCACAACUGGCUCCAGAAAUAUUUACAGCUUUCAUCAUAAGCUCUGUGGAUCAGCUGACAGAGGACACCUACCAGUAUAAAUUUGAAUUACCUGGAAGUAGCAGCUUGGGGUUGAGUUUAGGGCAACAUAUUGUAUUAAGAGGGCUAGUGAAUGGUUUGGAGAUACAACGAGCCUAUACUCCAAUUACCCCUGUGGAUGCUGAAGGGUACUUUGAUGUUUUAAUAAAGUGCUACGAAAGUGGACUAAUGUCACAAUAUGUAAAAUCCUGGAAACUAGGAGAAGCAGUGUUUUGGAGAGGACCGUUUGGAGGCUUCCCUUAUAGACCCAAUCAGUACGGGGAACUGUUUAUGCUUGCUUCUGGCACUGGCCUAGCACCAAUGCUUCCCAUCAUUCAGCACAUAACAGAAAAUGAGAACGAUGAAACGUUUGUAACCCUGGUAGGCUGCUUCAGAACUUUUGGAAAUAUUUACAUGAAGCCUCUUCUUCAAGACCAGUCACAAUUCUGGAACAUCAGAACAUUUUAUGUUCUAAGCCAGGAACACUCACUUGAAAACCUCCCUUGGAGCUAUCAAAAGAAUACACAUCUUGGCCGGAUAAAUGAAAAUAUGUUAAGAAGUAUGAUGAACACAUGUAGAAGGCAACCUUUUGUGCUGAUAUGUGGCUCUGUAGCCUUUACUGAUGAUAUGGAGAGAUACUUAAAAGCCAUUGGUCUUCAGAAAGAUUCAUAUUUUGUAUUUUAGAAAAUACUGUGGAGAAAAAAAUUACUUCAUUAAAUGGUUAUUUUUGUUGUUGUUUACAGCUUAA